AUGCUUAUUGAAGAAGGCAAGAAAUUGUUUUAUCCAAGUGGCGAAUCUUCUCAAGGACAAGCUGACAACAUGAUUUUUGAUCUUGCCAAUUUCAAAGGAGAAAGCAUCGGCAUUCUGGGUGAUGAAGAUAAUAAACAGCCUUUCUCUAUACAAAAGUACAUUGAAAUGAACAAACUGACACAAGUCCGACUCUACUUGACAACUAGGCAUAUACCGAUUGAUUCUUUAGACGUCGACAAUGAGGAUAGAGGACUCACAGAUGAGGACAUUAAAAUGAGCACAUCAGAUAAUGAAGAAAUCAUAAUAGAAAAUGGAAGUGAAAACGACGAUGAAGUUCUAAUGCACCCCUUUUUCGAUAGUGGUACAACACUUAUUGGUUCUUCAGAAGAAAGGCAAAAACUAAUGGAAGAGCAAGACCAGUUAUUGCAAGAAUCAUUAGAUAAUGAUCGUCAUAAGGAAAACAGUAUAUCAGCAGCCAAGUAA